AUGCAUCCUGUUGCCGUCUCGAUCCUUUCUUGUCUCCUCGUAACUGGGGCUUUCGUCCGGCUUUGCGCAGGUUAUGUGGCUCAGACCAUCUUAAAUGAUCACCAAUGUACAAAGACUACGGUUGCCAUCCUGGGAGGUGGGAUGGCCGGUAUCACCGCUGCUCAAGCGUUGACAAAUGCCUCGAUUACGGAUUUCAUCAUCCUCGAGUACAGAGAUACACUUGGAGGUCGGGUCUGGCACUCGGACUUUGGAAAGGAUGAGGAAGGGGAUCCGUAUUUGGUGGAGUUCGGAGCCAACUGGAUCCAAGGACUGGGAUCAGAUACUGCUGAAAAUCCGAUCUGGCGCCUGGCUCAAAAAUAUAACCUGCGCAACACAUACUCCAACUAUAGUUCCAUCCGGACCUACAAUGAAACGGGAUAUACAGACUACAGCAACCUUCUCGACACCUACGCGGCAGCCCGGAAGCGAGCCUCUGAGCAUGCAGGGCAAAUCCUGAACCAGAAUCUCCAAGACAUGACAGCACGCUCCGGCCUGGCGCUUGCCGGCUGGAGACCGCGCAAGGACAACAUGGCAGCACAAGCGGUGGAAUGGUGGAACUGGGAUUGGGAGGUAGCCUACACCCCCGAAACUAGCUCGCUGGUUUUUGGCGUCGCGGGCGAGAACCUCACCUUCAACCAGUUUGGCGGCCAGAACAACCUCGUCCUCGAUCCGCGAGGGUAUAGCGCCAUCAUCCAAGGCGAGGCCGAGUCCUUCCGGCCUCACGCAUCGCGGGAUGAUGCUCGAAUCCGCCUGCGCACAGAAGUCACGACGAUUGAAUACAGCGACGACGGCGUCCUCGUGCACAACCGUGACGGGAGCUGCGUGAGCGCUGCAUACGCGAUAUGCACCUUCUCCCUCGGGGUCUUGCAGAACGACGUCGUGCAGUUCCACCCCGAGCUGCCCGAGUGGAAGCAGACGGCGAUCGAGAAAUUCAACAUGGGCACCUACACCAAGAUCUUCAUGCAAUUCGAGCAAGCCUUCUGGCCACCGGACACGCAGUUCUUCCUGUACGCGUCUCCCACGACCCGGGGCUACUACCCCGUGUUCCAGUCGCUAUCCACGGCCGGCUUCCUCCCGGGAUCGAACAUCAUCUUCGUGACCGUGGUCGACAGCCAGGCCUACCGCGUGGAGCGACAACCCGACGCGCAAACCAAGCGCGAAGUCCUCGAGGUGCUCCGCCAGAUGUUCCCCGACAAGAAAAUCCCAGAGCCCGUCGCCUUCGCCUAUCCGCGCUGGUCGACCGAGCCCUGGGCCUUCGGGAGCUACUCCAACUGGCCGGCCGGCACAACGCUGAAGAUGCACCAGAACCUGCGCGCCAACGUGCACCGCCUGUGGUUUGCCGGCGAGGCCACCAGCGCCCAGUAUUUCGGAUUCCUGCAUGGCGCUUGGUACGAGGGCCGCGACGUCGGCCAACACGUAGCCGCCUUGCUGCGGGACGAGUGUCUUCUUGGGUUACAGGGGGCCACGACGCUGGCCUGCGGGGAACAACAACAACAACACGCCCAUUACGAUGUUUUGCACGGUACCACGCCGAUAGAUGCAUAUACCCCACUGAAUGGGUGGAGUGUUAACAGUACCAACUGGUAA